AAAACUUAUAUUUCAUUUAUAAUUUAGAAAGGUAAUUUUGUACAUGUUAAAAGAGCAUUCUCAUGAUUAUUACUGUUGCUCAAGUUUUCACCGCUUGUCAAAUGCGACUUCAGAGAGUAAAAGGUCAGCUCUACUCGGACUCCUGUGUUCAUUGACAAAGGUUUAGCUUGGUGUUUAACCAGAGUUGCUACACUCUGCAACAGAACACUAUAGUGAAAAGGUGGCACUUGAUAUUCCAAAGUGUUGAAGAUGGCAAGCAACAAGUCAUCUGUGUCAAAUGGCAAGAGCAACAUGACAUCAGCAUCAUCUGUGAGUGCAGCUCGUGCCAGAGCUAAAGCAGAAGCUGCUAUGGUGAGGCUAAAUUAAAACUGGAAAAGGCUGCUAGAGAAGCAGAAAGGAAACAAGAGAAGCUCAAAGUCAGCUGGAAACUGCUAGAAUCGAGACAGAGCUGGAAGUGCUAACAUUAAAUCGUGAAGCAGACACAGCCAUUGCUGAAGCACAAGUGUUGGAAGAUGUAGCAGAAAUCCAUGACAUACUGGGAAAUGUGAGAUCUGAGUCAGAAGAAAGGCUUAGACUGCAACGUACUAGUGAAUAUGUCCACUCCCAAAAUGAUCAGAAUCAUUCUACCUCUCCACCAGUCCCAGGCCCACUUGUUAAAUCUCCAGACCAUGCUGCAUCACAAGACAGUUUCAAAACAUGGCAUCCACCUGCAAACACAUCAGAAUUCCAACUUACUAAUAACAAGCCCAAGCCUGAAAGUGAUGUUACGGCACAUCCACCCGCACCGAACCUGUCUGAACUGACAAGAGUUGAGCCAAAGACUGACAUCAAAAGGACAAACCCUCACACGUAUAUACGUGCUCAGUUGCAAACAUCCCAACAUAUGCUUCCAGCUAGUCCGUCAAAACCCCCAGACCCUCUGGCACAGUAUUUGGCACGACGAGAUCUUGUUAUGUCAGGACUGUACCAAUUUGAUUAUCUCAUCUCAUCUCAUUAUCUCUAGCCGCUUUAUCCUGUUCUACAGGGUCGCAGGCAAGCUGGAGCCGGAGAAUUUCCGUGCAUGGCAGUCCUCAUUCACCAAUGUAGUGGCUGAAGUCCAACUUACAGCAACACAAGAACUAGACCUCAUGACCAAAUGGCUUGGAUAAGAAUCUGGAGAACAAAUGAGGUACAUACGUGCAGUUCAUGUGAACAACGCCAAUCUGGCUCUCCGCAAGGCGUGGGAGAGGCUGCGCGACUGCUAUGCUGCCCCUGAGAUAAUUGAGCAGUCACUGUUCCAGAGACUAGACAGUUUUCCAAGGAUUGCAGCCAAAGAUCACACCAAAUUACAUGAACUUGGAGAUUUGCUCAUGGAGAUACAAGGUGCCAAGGAGGAUGGAUAUCUCACUGGGCUGUCAUAUCUAGAUACCUCCAGGGUCUUCGACCAAUAGUAGACAAGCUUCCAUAUGGUCUCCAAGAAAAGUGGGUGUCAUCUGGGUUGUGGUACAAAGAAGAGAACAAUGGUUGCUUCCCUCCCUUUAGUUACUUUUGUAACUUUGUGUGUCAUGAGGCCAAAAAGCGUAAUGACCCGAGCUUUAUGUGUCAAAGCAGCAGCACAAACCCCACAAAACCAGAAAGGUUUCCAGUAAAGAGCUUUAACACCAACAAGUCUAUCACAGUUCACAAAACAGAUGUCUCUACAAUCAACAAUGACCCUAACCACAUCCACUUAAGAAAUGCAGGACAUUCAGAAACAAGUCUAUCAACGACAGGAAGGCCUUUCUAAAACAGAAAGGAAUAUGUUUCAAGUGUUGUUCUUCAACUUCCCAUCUUGCCAAAGACUGCAAAUCUUCUGUGAAGUGCUCUGAGUGUGAAAGCACCUACCAUGAUGCAGCCAUGCACCCCGGCCCUCAGCCUACCAAGGCUCCUCCACUGCCACAGGAGAACGGCGGGGAGGGAGAAGAUGGUUCUAAUGUGACGGAUGUUAGAACCAGCUGCACAGAGGUUUGUGGCUCCGGACGGUGGGGUCGUUCUUGCUCUAAGAUCUGCCUAGCAACCGUCUACCCCAAAGAUUCAAAGCACAAAGCCAUUAAAGCUUAUGUAAUCUUGGAUGAUCAGAGCAACCACUCCUUAGCCAGACCAGAGUUCUUUGAGCUGUUCGGUGUGGAGAAUAAACCACUCUUGUACCAUCUCAGAACAUGCUCCGGCAUCAUGGAAACAUAUGGCAGGACGGCAGAAGGAUUCCAGGUAGAGUCUUUGGAUGGCAAGGCUCUCAUCUCUCUCCCACCUCUCCUCGAGUGUCCUGAAAUCCCAAACAAUCGAACUGAAAUCCCAACACCAAGUGCAGUUUUGCAUCAGCCUCAUCUCCAUCACAUAGCCAAACACAUUCCCGAUCUAGACCCAGAAGCUGAGAUACUCCUGCUACUCAGAAGAGAUGUGCUCAGAGCACACAAGGUCAGGCAGCAAGUUAACAGGCCACGCAAUGCUCCCUUUGCACAACGACUCGAUCUAGGCUGGGUGGUGAUAGGAGAGGUGUGCCUAGGUAAAGUGCAUAAACCAACGGUUGACACCUUUAAGACUCAUGUGCUCGAUAAUGGUCGCCAUUCCAUUUUUCAGCCUUGUACAAGUUUCAUGCAGGUCAAAGAAACACAGCCGAGGUUCAGCGAGCCUAACAAAGUGCCAGAGAGGAUGCUCGGACACAGAGUGUUUGACCAAACUGAACACGAUAACAAACCUGCUCCAUCAAUAGAAGACAUCCUCUUUCUAAAGAUCAUGAACACGAACGUCCACAAAGACGACACCAGCAGUUGGGUUGCCCCAUUGCCAUUCAAAGAGCCAUGCCAGUGUUUGCCAAAUAACAGAGAACACGUGCUCAAGCGGUUUGAAUCCCUGCAACGUCAGUUCAAGAGGAGACCUGAGAUGCAGGAACAAUUUGUGGCAUUCAUGGAGAAGAUCAUUUCCAAUGGUCAUGCAGAAGUAGCGCCAGGUUUAAAGGAGGAUGAGGAGUGCUGGUUUCUUCCAUCAUUUGGGGUAUACCACCCGCAAAAGCCCAACCAAAUUAGGGUAGUUUUCGAUUCCAGUGCUCAGUACUCUGGUGUCUCCCUCAAUGAUGUGCUUCUGACAGGUCCUGACCUCAAUAAUUCUCUCCUGGGCAUCCUUCUACACUUCAGGAAGGAGGGAGUAGCUAUCCUUGCUGACAUCCAACAAAUGUUCCAUUGUUUUUUGGUUCAUGAAGAUCAUCGCAACUUCCUUCAUUUUUUGUGGCAUGAAGAUAAUGACCUCAGUAAGGUGGUUGUUGACUACCGCAUGAGGGUUCAUGUUUUUGGCAACUCACCAGCUCCUGCUGUAGCCAUUUAUGGUCUGCAUAGAGCCAUUGCUGAAGGUGCUCAGAAGUUUGGGGCUGACACAGUGAAGUUUGUGGAAAGACACUUUUAUGUGGAUGAUGGGUUGGUGUCUCUGUCAUCUGAAGCAGAGGCAAUCGACCUUCUCAGACGGACUCAGGCUUCACUUGCUGAAUCAAACCUUCGCUUGCACAAGUUUGUAUCAAACAGUCCAACAGUCACUAGAGCUUUCCCGCCUGAAGAUUGUGUUCCAGUCAUCAAGGAUCUGGAUUUGAGUGAGGAAACAACACCCAUGCAGUGCAGCUUGGGUUUGCUAUGGGAGAUCAGAACAGAUACAUUCACAUUCUCUGCAUCGACUGUUCUUAAACCUAUUACCCGAUGCAGAGUUCUCUCUACUGUCAACAGCGUCUUUGAUCCCAUGGGGUUGUUGGCACCCAUCACGAUCCAGGGAAGAGCCCUUCUCAGGGAGCUUACAUCAGAACUGGCUGACUGGGACACACCGUUCCCAGCAGAUAAGCUGAAGAAAUGGGAAACAUGGAGAGACUCUCUUCAAGUCCUAAAGGAGCUUCAUGUGCCAUGCACAUACACACCAACCUCGCUCAUCAAAACUGUCCACACAGAGUUGUGUGUAUUCUCAGAUGCCUCAACCAUGGCCAUUGGAGCCAUUGCUUACCUGAGAGCCAUUCAGGAGGAUGGAAAGGUAGAAGUAGGACUUGUUAUGGGCAAAGCCAAAUUAGCACCUCUGUCCGAACCCACAAUCCCAAGGCUCAAACUCUGCGCCGCUGUACUUGCAGUAGAAAUGGCAGACCUCAUCCGAGAAGAGCUAGACCUGAAAUUGGAUGCUAUCAGGUUCUACACGGACAGCAAGGUGGUGCUCGGGUACAUUAAUAAUGCAAAACAAACGCUUUUACGCCUAUGUCCACAACAGAGUUCAACGUAUCCGACAGUCCUCCGAACCGGUACAAUGGCAUUAUGUACACACAGAAGAAAACCCUGCAGAUCAUGCAUCCAGAUCUUUACCUGCAUCGCAUCUUGCACAGAGUUCCUGGUUCACCGGACCUUCAUUCCUGUAUCAAUCAUCUGCAGAAACAACACAAACAAAUGAAACGUUUGAGCUCAUCGAACCAGAAAAUGACUCAGAGAUUCGGCCACAGGUACGCACCUACACUAUUCACCUGGAGGAACCUGUGCUUAACCCUGAUUGCUUUCAGCGUUUUUCCACCUUCAUCUCUCUACUACGAGCAGUGGCGUUCCUCAUCCAUAUGGCAAGAUCCCACAAACAUUCCAACCAAAACAGCAGGUGCUCGGGAUGGCACAUAUGUCACUUGCCUCGUACUGUGGAUGAAAUGGCUCAAGCGAAAGAUGUCAUUCUGAGAGCAGCACAAAGGCCAGCCUUUGCAAAAGAACUGUCAGCCAUCCAAGCAAACAAAGUGGUGCCUACAAACAGCCCUUUGCAUAAGCUCAGUCCAAUCUUAGAGGGUGGUCUCAUCUGUGUUGGAGGCAGACUGAAAUAUUCUCAGCUUACAUGCAAAGAAAAGAACCCAGUAAUCCUAGCCAAGGACAGUCACAUUUCCCUACUGCUUGUACGACAUCACCAUGAGCAGGUGAGACAUCAGGGCCGACAUCUCACAGAAGGCGCAGUAAGGGCAGCUGGACUGUGGAUUUUGGGUGGUAAGCGACUGAUCAGUUCUGUCCUCCACAAAUGCAUAAUCUGCCAGAAGCUGCGUGGGAGAAUGGAAGAACAACGUAUGGCAGACUUACCGCCAGAAUGUCUCAAGGUCUGCCCUCCUUUCAUGUAUGUUGGGCUUAACCUCUUUGGGCCUUGGUCCAUUGUAAUCAGACGCACCAGGGGAGGACAGGCAGAGAGCAAAAGGUGGGCCAUAAUGUUCAGUUGUUUGAGUUCAAGAGCUGUCCACAUUGAACUGAUUGAGUCUAUGGACGCAUCCAGCUGCACAAAUGCUCUCAGGCGUUUCUUCGCACUCAGAGGCCCUGCAAAGCAACUCCAGUCUGAUUGCAGCACUAACUUCAUUUGGAGCUAGCAAGGAGUUGGAGAUGGACAAUACUGUGCAGAGGUACCUCAGCAAGCAAGGAUGUAGCUGGAACUUCAGACCUCCACAUGCUUCCCACAUGGGAGGUUCAUGGGAACGGAUGAUUGGUGUUGCCAGGAGAAUCCUCGAUUCAAUGCUCCUGCAGCAAAAAAGUUGCCUAACCCACGAGGUGCUAUCAACGCUAAUGGCAAAAAUCACAGCUAUCAUCAAUGCACGUCCACUCCUACCUGUGUCUACAGAUCCACAACAACCCUUCAUUCUUUCACCAGCCAUGCUCCUCACACAGAAAUCAGGAGUUCCACCUCCUCCUGGAGAUUUCACUGGCAAGGACCUUUACACAAAACAAUGGAGGCAAGUUCAAGCACUUGCAAACCAGUUUUGGAACCGGUGGAGCCAAGAAUACUUACCAUCGUUACAACAAAGACAAAAAUGGACACUGCCAUGCAGAAACCUUCAAGUGGGGGAUCUGGUUCUCCUCAGGGACAAACAGACUGUCUGCAACUGCUGGCCCAUGGCCAUAGUCACAGCGGCCAUUCCUGGGAAGGAUGGACAUGUGAGAAAGGUUGAGAUAAAAACGACUGAACAAGGUGAUGCAAAAACCUUCCUCAGGCCAGUUGCAGAAGUAGUUCUUCUUCUGCCUAAGGACUGAUUCAAGGACUGUUGUUUUAGACUCCUUCAAGUUCAUAGUGGCCUCACAUAGGCCAGACAGGGAGUGUGUUGCCUCUAAGGCAUUUAUGUCAUUUAUCUUUAUAGUUUGCUUUAAAAUAAUUCAUUCAUAUGUGUUUAAGUUAUAAAUAGCAGUAAAAAGGAUAAAAUUGUUUGAGAGGAUUUUAUUUUGAAGGUCGACUUGCUAGCGACAUCACUUCCUUGUUUACAUUCUCUUCCUGGUUGCUUUGAGAGGGAAACUGACAUGCUGUUCAUGCUCUGAGGCUCUUCCACAGCCAUUCACUUUGAAACAUUGUUCAGGCAAUGCCUUUUCACCGCUUGUCAAAUGAGACUUCAGAGAGUAAAAGGUCAGCUCUACUCGGACUCCUGUGUUCAUUGACAAAGUUUUAGCUUGGUGUUUAACCAGAGUUGCUGCACUCUGCAACAGAACACUAUAAUAUGUACAGAAUCACAAUAUUUAAAUUGCCUGUUAAAGUGUACAUACAACAACACUGUUGCAUUUAGUAAAAGAUGAGAAAAUCA